CCCAUCAGAUAUACUGUGUCACAACAUGUCUUCGGAAAGCUCGGUGUUUUGCUCGGUAGACGAGUUUGUCGUGGUUCCCUUCGACUUUAUCAUUGCAGGAGGCGGCACUGCUGGGCUAGUACUCGCCGCCCGUCUCUCCGAGAAUGUUGCCUUUCGCGUUGGAGUCCUCGAAGCCGGCGAAAACAAGUUGGAUGAUCCGCUGGUCAAUAUCCCGACCCUUUACAUGCAAGGAGCAAACAACCCAGAUUAUGACUGGGUAUUGAAGAGCGUCCCUCAGAAACAUGCCAACAACCUUGAAUAUGCGCUCCCUCGAGGGAAGAUGCUGGGUGGCACCAGUGCUUCUAACCAGUCCCUCUGGAUGAGGGGGACACGCGCCGACUACGACGAGUUGGCGGCGAUGGUCGGCUCCGACGAGUGGUCUUGGGACGGUCUCCUGCCAUAUUUUCAGAAACACGAGCGACUGAAUGCUCAAGACGCUCCUCUAUACCCUUCUGACACCCACGGAACGGCCGGGUUGAUCCAUACCAGCGCCAACCGGUCUCAAGUACCAAUCGAGAAAGACUUCCUCGAGACGUGUAGAGAGGUUGCCGGAUUCGACGCCACGUCCGAUGAUCCGACGACGGCAAAUCGCGACAACUUCUUCAACGCUCUGUCGACGGUGGAUCGAUCUGAACGGCCCGGCACACGCAGCUAUUCAGCCUCAGCAUACAUUGCAUCCAACCUUGGACGCGCAAAUCUCAAGAUUCUCACAGGGGCCACGGUGGAAAGCGUCAGAUUUGACACCUCUGACCACGAUCCUACAGCCGACGGAGUACAUUUCUGGCAUGGCGGAAAACGGUACACUGCAGCUGCCAAGAGGGAAGUCAUCAUCUGCGCCGGAACCUACAAGACUCCUCAAAUCCUCGAGCUGUCCGGGAUUGGAGAUCCAGGGGUCCUGCGGGCCGCCGGUGUCGACUGUCUGAUCGCGAACAAACUCGUCGGCGCAAACCUGCAAGACCAUCAUGCCGUUGCCAUCUCCUUCGAAUUGGCUCCGGGGGGGUUCUCCAUCGACGCAUUCGUCACCCCGGAAGUGGUGAAGCCCCUCAUGGAGCUAUAUCAGAAGACCGGGACGGGGCCAUUGGCCAAUCCUCCCUCGGGCAUGGGAUACCUCAGCUACGCGGCGCUGGCGGGGCCCGAAGAACUGCAAGCGACGCUCGACGCCGUCGCGUCAGCAAAGGGAAUCGAAGCACCCCUGAGCGACGCGCAACAGCAGCGCGUGAUCAAGAAGCUGCAAGACCGCCACGCGGCCGCGAUCCAACUCCUCUUCAUCCCUGCGUCCAUCAACACCGAAAAGGGCCUGACGGACCAGUCCCAGUUCCUCGCGCCUCUCUCCACCGAGACGAACCACGUCAGCGUCGUCGCCGCGUCCCAGUACCCGCUCAGCCGGGGCAGCGUGCACAUCACCGGCCGCGACGCGCAGGCGCCGCCGGCGAUCGACAACGCCUUCCUCGCCCACCCGGCCGACGUGGCCGUGCUGCGCGCGGUGCUGCCGUUCCUGAACGCCGUCUCGCUGGCGCCGCGGGUCCGGCCGCAACUGCACCCGCGGUACUCGUUCGCGGCCAAGGUCGGGCUGGGCGACCGCGCCGCCGAGGAGGCGUUCGUCCGCCGCAACGUGGGCACCGAGCACCACCCGAUCGGCACCGCGGCCAUGGGCGACGUCGUCGACGCCCGCCUGAGGGUCCUCGGCGCCCGGCGCCUGCGUGUCGUCGACGCGAGCGUCCUGCCCGUGCACAUCUCGGGCAAUCCCAUGGCGACCAUCUACGCGGUGGCGGAGAAGGCAGCGGACAUAAUCAAAGCGGCGCAUGCGUCGGAGGAGGUGGGUUUGUGAAGUUAGGAUUCGGAGGUACGGAAAGAAACGGAGACGGUGCUCUCGCAUGGCCCCCUUCAGUAUUGGUAUAGAAAGCUGGCAUGUGGAAACCGGCGAAGCUUUGCAAAAUUGUUGCAAGACGGUGAUAUUGAUUGGAAUGCGCGAAGGCGUGACUACAUCAAACAUCCGUAGUACCACGCAAGCUGCUAUUUCCUG